AUGCGGCUGUCGGCAUACGAACACACUGUCCUGAUUCUGGUACUAACCGCUCUCACAGCGGUAUGUGGCGCCGCGAAGUUAGACAGGACCUACCUACCACCCGCUUCUGCUAAAACAGCUGGUGGGAGUCCAGGGUCCUUACAAACUCCUCUCACGGGAAGCUUUAACCAAGGAAUAGGAGAACUACCAGCCGGCGGUUAUACUAACGAUGCCCAGGGCGUCGUGGUAGACGCAGCAUUAACUGGCACUAGAUCUACAGGUGAAUCGGAACAGUCCGGUUUGGGUGGCCCAAGACCUUCCUACGGAUCGACGGCAUCUAAGGUUGGUGACGCAGCCUUCAGAGGCUCUCAAAACAAUUUCGGGGCUCCACUAAGCGGCCAAGUAAAUGGGGCAUUCGAAGCGAAACCCGAAAGACCUCAAGCGACUCAAGACAGGAAUUCGAAUAUAAUAACUUACGAAAACAAUGUCGACAUAAAUAACUAUAAUUAUGGCUUCGAAACUGAUAAUGGAAUAGCUGUCGGAGAAAAUGGCGUGGCCCAUGAUGGAGUGCAUGCCCAGGGCGGGUACUCUUACAAGGGCGACGAUGGCCAAGUCUAUAGCGUCACCUACACUGCUGAUAAGAACGGGUACAAGCCGCAAGGAAACCAUUUGCCGACCGCUCCUCCGAUUCCUGACGAGAUUCUAAAGUCCAUCGAGCAGAACAAAAAGGAUGAAGCUGCUGGCCUAGUUGACGACGGAUUAUAA